UCUUCUCACAUCUCCACAAAUCAAAACAUUUUUCCUUAGUUUCUUCUUCUAAUUACAUAACUCAUAUAAUCUUCCCAUUAAGAGCAUUUUCAAUCGUAAAAGAGUCAUGGGUGUUGUUAGCUACUCUAUGGAGGUCUCCACCUCGAUCUCGCCGGCCCGGAUGUUCAAAGCCUUUGUCCUCGAUGACAAACUCAUUCCCACCAUCCUCCAGCAGGCUAUCAAGAGCGUCGAGACUGUUGAAGGAGAUGGUGGGCCCGGGACUAUCAAAUUGGUGCACUUCGGUGAUGCCAGCACGUUCAACUCAGUGAAGCACCGGGUAGACGAGCUGGACAAGGAGAAGCUGAGGUACAGCUACACGAUCAUUGAGGGGGAUGCCCUGAUGGGUGCGCUCGAGAAGAUCACGAAUGAGCUCAAAUUCGAGGCGGGGCAGGGCGGCGGAUGCGUCUGCAAGAGCACCAGCAAGUAAUACACGAAGGAGGGUAUUGAGAUCAAGGAGGAGCAGAUCAAGGCCGGGAAAGAGAAAGCCAUGGUAAUGUUCAAGGCCAUCGAAGCCCACCUCUUGGCCAACCCAGACUCCUAUAACUAAUGAUUCUCCUUGAUUACCGAUUUCCAAUCGGAUCAUUAAUCUGGAGAAUUUGGUGGCUCUUUAGUUCAUAUCUUCCUUAUUUUGUUUCGGAUUUAUGUCAAUAAGAUGUUCGAUUUUCUGGUCGUUGGUGUUGCUCUUGCAAAUAUAAUAAUAUGUUCAUUGAAAACUAGUAUACAUGUGCCCAAUAAAUUAUAUCAGUUGUAUCCUCUUAUUGAAAAUUGGCUCCUGUGAUCACCGAGGAAAAAAAAAAAAAGAGGAAUUUUACUUCC